CUCCUGCCGUUUCGCAGCAAAGAUGGCAAGCACCAGCGAAACUUUCACCAGUAUUGCCCGAGUCUACCGAGGGACAUUCGUCCACUCGACACAAAAUGCAGCGCUCGAAAUUCUAGAAGAUACGAUUCUUGGAGUCGAUACAGAGGGAAGGAUCGCCUUCAUCAGUACAGCGGCAGAAUUGGGCACGCUCUCCAAGACAUGGGGGUUCAGAAUAUCAGACGUGAGACACCUGGGACCUCGGUUCUUCAUGCCAGGGCUGGUGGACACACACAUCCACGCGUCUCAGUACAGCUACUCGGGCACUGCCUUGGACAUGCCCCUGCUGCAGUGGCUGAACACAUACACCUUUCCCACGGAGGUCAACUACAAAGACCUCGACUUCGCCCAUGAUGUCUACACCAAAGUCGUGAAACGGACUCUGAGAAACGGCACCACUGCCGCCUGCUACUUCGCCACCAUCUACACGGACUCCUCCCUGCUGCUCGGGGAAAUCGCAGACAAGUACGGACAGCGCGCCCUGGUGGGGAAAGUGUGCAUGGACAGGAACCAGGCCGUGCCGGUCUACCAGGAGAGUGUGGACCACUCCUGCAAGGAGACCAAGCGGUUCAUCGGUGAGCUUUUGAAAAGAAAGUAUGCCCGGGUGAGGCCGAUUGUGACCCCGCGCUUCGCCCUCUCCUGCUCCGCCUCGCUGCUCGGACACCUGGGGGAGAUCGCCAAGAACAACGACCUGCACAUACAGAGUCACAUCAGCGAGACGAAGGACGAGGUGGAUCUGGUGAAGCAGCUGUUCCCCGACUCGGAGUCCUACGCCGACGUCUACCACAAACACAACCUCCUCACUAACAAGACAGUGAUGGCUCAUGCCUGCCACCUCACCGACUCCGAACUGAAGCUUUUCAAAGACACAGGAACCUCCAUCGCGCACUGUCCCAACUCCAACAUCUCGCUGUGUAGCGGAAUGCUGGACGUGCAACGGGUUCUGAAGCACAACGUGAAACUGGGACUGGGCACAGAUGUUGCUGGUGGGUAUUCCCCCUCCAUGCUGGAUGCCAUCAGACGGACGCUGGACACCUCCAAAAUCCUGAGCAUCCAGGACCCUAAACACAAAGCGCUGACCUUCGAGGAGGUCUUCAGACUGGCCACACUGGGAGGAAGCGAAGCACUGUCUCUCCACAAGCAAACGGGGAACUUCGAGGUGGGGAAGGACUUUGACGCCCUGCUGAUUAACCCCGUGGUUUCUGACAGCCCGUUUGACGUGUUCCCCAGUGAGGGCCCUAAGGUGAUUCUGGAGAAGUUCCUGAAUUUGGGCGACGACCGGAACAUUGAGGAGGUUUACGUGGCUGGCAAGAAGGUCAUCCCAUUUCAGCAGUCCGAAUAGUCACCUGACCCGCAUCACCGUGCAUCAUUCACUUUACUCUCACCUUAACAGUUUUUAUCUGUCUCUGUACCUGUUUUGCCAUCUAUACAUAUAUACUGAAUUUUAAUCUUUUAAAAUGUUUUUUUUUUCUGUAGCUGAUGAGAAUCAGGGCAUUGCAUUGAUGGAACCAAAGCUUUCACACACCGUUUCUGCCGUGGCUUUGCUCUGGUUGUCCUGCUAUAGUUAAGAAUGAUGUAAUGACUGAAGACUAGCGGAGAGACUGGUCCUUUUCUCUUCAAUUAUACAGUGCCCACAGGAACACAGAAAUAUAUACCCAAACUCACUGGGUAAUUUGUAGUGUGAUUACAAUACUUAAACCCUUAGAGCAGAGGUUUCCAAACUCACUGGGUCAUUUAUAGUGUGAUUACAAUACUUAAACCCCUAGAGCAGAGGUUUCCAAACUCUUUCAGCCUGUGGUCCGGCGAUUCAGAGUCUCAGUGACUGCCAAACAUUGUACGGUCAGCAAUGCCGUGCAUUUCAUUAUGACUAACUGCAGCUGCUGGGGAGCGGCGGCCAUCUUGCUAGGGACCGGCACCAGUCCAUGGUGUUCGGGAACCAUGGCCCUAGACCACAGAGCGGCAUUACAACUGGAACAGCUCAUCAUUAUUUCAGAUUUAGACAGCCGUUCUAGUUGUAACGCAUUCCUAUGGACUAGGCAGAGGUGGAAAGUCCACAGGUCAGAAAGUUCACCCAUGAACUCAGUCAGCUGAUUUCACCAAUUAGCUCUACCUCAACCCCCUGCUGAAGAAUUGUGCUAGCAAAUAGCAAAUGCAGGUGGUUGGAACAAAAUACAGGGGAUGACUUUUACUUUCUGAACCUGGAUUCUCCACCUCCUGAUCUAGGAGUAGAAGCCUGAUGACUCCACUCCCAUUUCAACUAACCCCCAUUAUCUUUAUAGAAGUUUACCGUAUGUAUUUUGAAUUCUGAAGGAAAAAUACAUUUCCUAAUGAGAUUCACAAUGUCAUUGAAAAUAUACAAUUUUAUCAAUUACAUAUUGAGCUUGCUACAUUGUUGUUGUAACUAAUGUUUAUCUGAAUAAUACAUUAUCCUUGAAGUACAGAAUACGUAAGGCUGCAAACAGUGCAAAAUGCUGUUUCCACUAAGGGACAUGUCAAACUGUAAUAAAACACAUGUGAAUUUUU